AUGAUAACUAAGGCGCAAGGAAAUAGAAAACGAACUCAACAUACUUCAAGAAGGGCAGUUGUCGCCAGUAGUUCUCGGGGAAAAGAACGUAAUAAGAAUUUAGGGGAUAGUGAUUUUUCAGCUUCUGAGAGCGAUGAGAAGAGAGUAAGUCUAGAUUCCGAAAGUUCUGAAAGCACCAUAGAUUCUGAGGUUGAUUCCAUGUCGGUUUCAUCUGAUGACACGACGAUCCUUACACGGUCGAGAAGGGAAGUUAAAGCGAUCAAUUAUUCUGAUGAACAAUAUUAUGCAAGUCGCGGUGUUACUGAGAGUUCUAAAAGAAAGAAGAUGGAUCCUUCAGACAGUGAUAGCAAGAAAAAGAAGAAAAAGCGAAUGAAAGUUUCUGAUUUUGCUAUUUCACGUUCGACGACCGAGGAUUCUCACUCAGAUAACGCGAAAACACGUUCAAAAAGGGUUGCAAGUAAAUUACGCGAUCGUGAUGAAGAAAGUGAGGACGAAACUGAAGAUGAAUCCGAAGAUGAAUCUGAGGAUAACGACCAUGUAUCUGGGCGAAGAAGUCGACGUUCCAAAGUGGUCAAAAGCAAAAAAAUUGAAACCCAUUAUGUACGCUCUUCCGAUUAUGAGAAACCUGUUAGACGACAAAUAAUCAGGGACGUUUUGGUCACACCCACAGUUCCUACUAGAAAGUAUGACAAAAAGUUCAUUUCAGCUCACACAACAUGGUGUGUGAAAUGUGGUCUUGCUUCCCCAAACCGCAGAGUCGCGUGUCAACCAUUAGAUGCAGGUCAUGUCAAUCCAGCGUUGCAUCUU